AUGGCUACCUGGCGACGAGACGGGCGGCUCACGGGCGGCCAGCGGCUGGUGUGCGCCGGCCUGGCCGGGGUGCUCAGCCUCAGCGUCACCGCCCCGCUGGAGCUCGCCACUGUCCUGGCCCAGGUGGGCCGGGGCCCGGGGCAGCCGCAGGGCCCGUGGGCCGCCAGCCGCAGCGUCUGGAGAGCCGAGGGGCCCCGGGCCCUGUGGAAGGGCAACGGCGUGGCGUGCCUGCGCCUCUUCCCCUACAGCAUUCUGCAGCUGGCUUCCUACCGCAAGUUCCUCCUGCUGUUCAUGGAUGACCUGGGUUAUGUUUCCCAGUGGAGCGCAAUCAUGGCUGGAAGUCUCGCUGGCACGGUGGCCACCAUUGUCACCUACCCGACCGAUGUCAUCAAAACUCGCUUGAUUAUGCAGAACCUGCUGAAGCCCUCUUACACGGGAAUCUCCCAUGCGUUCUGUACUAUUUAUCACCAGGAAGGCUUUCUGGCUCUUUACCGAGGAAUUUCCCUCACUGUUAUAGGUGCUCUGCCAUUCUCGGCUGGCUCUUUCCUAGUUUACGUGAACUUGCAUCGCAUCUGGAACGGGCCCCGAGAUCGGUUUUCCCCACUCCAGAACUUUGCCAACAGCUGCCUCGCUGCUGGGGUUGCCCAGACAAUCUCCUAUCCUUUCGAGACAGUGAAGAGGAAGAUGCAGGCCCAGAGUCACUGCCUCCCUCAUUGUGGUCAAGUAGACACCAACUUCUCGGGGGCCAUGGACUGCUUCCGACAGGUAGUGAAGGCCCAGGGUGUGCUGGCCCUCUGGAAUGGACUGACUGCCAACUUGCUAAAGAUAGUCCCAUAUUUUGGAGUUAUGUUUAGCACCUUUGAGUUUUGCAAGAGAAUCUACCUUUAUCAAAAUGGCUACACUGUGUCCCCUUUGAGCUAUAAGCUUACCCCAGGUGUAGAUCAGAGUUUACAGCCACAAGAAUUACGGGAAUUAAAAAAGUUCCUCAAAAACGGCAAUUUUGAGGCAAGAAAACCCACUCUGUAAAACUGAAUAAGGCUGAAAGGUGUGUUCAAAGCAUACAUGUAUGUACAGCCUCACGACCUCGGUGUGAUCAGAAGAGGCUUCCUCUGUUCAUUGUCCUGAAAAAAAGAAGAAGCUUGGUCCUUUCACCAUCUGAUCGGUGAGCCCCUGUUCCUAUUCAUGGCUGCACCACUGCAGACUUGGCAGCCUACUUUGAUUAAAGUGCCUGGAGCUCUCCAUCACUAUCUCAUGAAUUAUACCUGGUAUCCCAGGGAUGCAACUGGGCAGUCAGUCCCAGCUCAAAGCUUGCCAAGGUCAGUCUGCCAAAGCAAGAAUCAGACUCACAUCUAUGGCGAAUAGAUGCAAAGCAAAGAAACAGGUUUGCUGUGUUAUGAACCUUUGCAGAAUAUAGGUCAGAGCGUACAUUAGCAGAUCAGACAUCACGCUGCCCCUUGCCUUGCUUCCCAGUAUCUGGUGCUUGCACCAACUAGCAAUGACUGCAAAAUUCACGCAGACCAACACAGACCCAGUCUAAAUAGUUUGGCCCAAACCUUCUAAGUGGAAGAGUUCAUGGCUUCAUCUUCACCCCUUUUAAGUACCUCAGAAUGGGUUGGGUUUUCAAAGAAAAAAGGAUGAAAAUGUUUCCAGAAUCUUUGAUUUCAAGUUUAGGAAGCCUGGGUCAUUCAUUACGUAAAAUGGUUUGUUUAUGUCCAUUUCAUGGUGCCACAGAAAACCCCCAAUUAUCCUCAGCAGCUGCUAUGGACAGGUUCAUAGAAGUGACCUGCCAAUGCCUUUGACCUUCACAAUUUUGAUCUUGCCUAGCGAAGCCAAGAAUUUGUUGGUAAUUUCAAUAGUUCCCAUUCAUUUUAUACCAUGGCCCAGUUGCAAAGAAGGGAAGCAAGAGAACCUUAGAUGGGUCUUAGAAGGUCGUCAAGUUUGAGCCUCAUAUGAAGUGUGAAUUUCUUUCCAGACACACAAAAAAACAGAACAGAAAAGUACUUUGAGCUAAUUUCUUCAACCAACUGGAGAAAUCACCUUUCAGGAGCAAAAUACCUUGCAUCUACACUAAGGGCAUAUAACCAUACCUUCCAAAUAAUUCUUACUUAUAUAGUUCCAAAAAUAGCUAAUACCUAAUUGUUAAGUCAGUAAUCAUGUCUUUGUGAUUGGAUUUUUUUCUUCUUUUUCAGUAUUUUGAAGGUAUAUUGUAUAUUAAAUUAGUUUCUCAUUGGGUUUCUCAUA